UGACAUUUGUUAAGUUGUCAAACGAUAACCUAUAUUAACAUAAGAUUUGCCAUGUCUCUUGUGAAAAUAAUUGUUUUGUUUCGUGAAUUUCAGCAAUUAAUUUAGCCUAUUUCGAUAUCUGAUGGGGCUAAAUGAUAUUUAUAAUAAAAAUAAUGCCGUGUACUAAGUAGUGAUUAUAAAGUGAGGAGUGCCCGCAUCUUCUGUCUCUUGUACACACAGUUUAUAAAACUUGUAUAAUGGCGUCUGAGAGCGAAGCUUCUUGCGAAGAAGAUCCGAAUUUUGCUGUUAUUUGUGCAUUUUUAGAGAAAUUUGGGGAAACAAUGGGAAUAACAAAUGUGGACUUUUUUGAAUUACAGUCUAUGUUGGAAAAUACCCAUGAAGUUUCAAAAAGUUUAGUUGACUUGCAUAUAAAGCUUAUAAGAAAGAUAAAGAAAUCGUUUCAAAUUGAAAAAUGGGAGAAAGCUUUAAUCAAGUGCUGUCACUUGUUCAGCAGCGUGGAGGCUUGGGAAAUAGAGAGAUUUGGAUAUAAGAAAGCGAAAUUAUCUUCUAAAGUUAGAAUUUUAAAGGAGCUACUGGAAAUGCAGUUUGAUUACAAUGCCAAGUUUAAAGCAGAAGUGAACAAAUUAUCUUCGCAAGAGUUAAGAUCAGAACCAAUUGGAAAAGAUAAAUUAGGUUAUUCGUAUUGGUUUCAUAGUGAUAAUAACUGCCAAAUUAGAGUGUAUAAGGAAGAUUUAGACGAUGAAAAAUGGACACUUGUUGCCAGAGACAGAGAGGGUCUUGUGUCUCUUAUAAACACUUUAAGUGAUGGAGAUAUUAAAAACAGUUCUGAUUCUGCUGCUAAUGAAGAUAGUAACAGUUUAUCAGAUAAGCCUUUAAUUGACACAGGCCAAGUUGACACUGAUUCUAAAAAAACUUCAGAGGAUGAAGAUAGUAAUUUACAAAAGAAACAGGAUGAAGACGAUAAGGAGAGUUUAAAGAGGCCUAGAGAAGAAUCUGAGGAAAUAUAUCAUAAGUAUAAAAUUAGGAAUUUGGACGUUGUCGUAUCAAACAUUGCAGUAAAAAGCGAAGAAAACAAUGAAGAAGAGUCAGAACUUGAAGAAACGUCUGCCAAAGAUGCUAAAAAUAGUAAAUUGUCAAAUAAGGUUGAGGACAAAGAACCAAUUGUUGGUGAGGCAAUUGAAGAACCAGUAAUGAAAAUACAGGGCGAGGGCAGUGGCGCAGAGAAUGAUAGUCCAAUAUUAAGUGAAGCCAUAGAAGAAGAUAUAAUGUAUUUUUUUGGUACCGGAUCCGGUCAAGAGUGCCAAGGAGGAAAUGAACCUAACCCAGAAGAGAGCAAAGAAGAUACAAAAACUGAUGAACAAACUGCUUUGUCAACAGAACACCAAAACGAUAAUAACGAAAGUGUUGGAAGUUCGAAAGUUGAUAAGGUUUUGGAUAGUAAUUUGACUUCUAAAAAUGAUGUUAAAAGUGAAGACAUUGUUAAAAAUGAUCUGUCAUCUAUCAACUCAGUAGAUGCAAAGGAGAAAGUCAUUGAAAGUAAUUCAUCUGGUAAUUCUUUAGAUAUAAAGGAAGAUAGUAAAACCAAAGACAAAAGUAAAAAUGACAUAUUCAAAACCCCUUUAGAUACAAAAAAGGAAGUUAGUGAAAAUGAAGAAAAGGAUAGAAAUUUAUUACCUAAAACCCCUUCUGGCAAGUUAGAAAAUGAUAUAGAAAAUGAAAAAUGUGAAAGUAAAGAAAAAGAUGAAGCUAAAACAUUAUCAGAAAAUCUAGAUGAAAAAUUAAAUGGAAAAGAAAGUUUAGCGGAAAAUAAAUUAGACAAUAAUACAAAUAACGAAGAGAAGGUUAGUGAUAAAGUAGAUGAAAAAACUGAUACAAAAGACCAAUCUAAACCUGUCCAACAUGAAAACCAUUCAGAAGAAGAAAAAACUAAUAAACAGACUGAUGUAAAUACUAAUCAAAUUACAAAUGAUUCAGAAUCAAAAGAUGCUAUUAAGAAUGAUGUAGAGGAACAAAAAGCUCCAGUAAUUGAACCUGUUUGUGUUAAAAAGGUUGCCUAUGUAUGUGGGAAUGAAGAAUCCAAAGAAACAAAUGGAGAGGUGUCUUCAAAAACUGAAGAAAAUACUGAUAAAAAGGAACCUGAGUUGAAAUCUGAAGUGACGAAAUUGGUUGAUAAAGAUGAAGAAAAAGUAGUUAAAAGUAAUUGUGAAAAAUCUAAUGGUGUAGAAGAGAAGAAAGAUUUAAAAGAUGUUGAUGACAAAAAUGAGCUAAAAGAAGAGUCAAAGAAAUCCGAAGAGGAUAAACCCGCUAUAGAACCUGAACUUGUAUUAGUGUCGUCUAAGGCGAAAGCGUCAACGGCCAAGUUGAGAAAUGCCAGGAAAAAAGUCGUUCGUCCUGUCCGGAAGGUGGUUAGCAAGAGAGUGACGCGACAAAAUCAAAAGGAAGAACAAGACAGUGGCGAUGAGAAUACGUCUCUGAAAUCUGGUGGCGAUAGUACUGUGAUCUCGUGCGAUUUGAACACGGAAGAUAGUCGGGACACUGCGCCGGCUGUCGAAGCUGAUCCGCUAGCUGUGUCGGAACAAGAAGGAGAAUCCAAUGAAACGACUUCUACGCCAGCAGUUAAGCAAACUUUGGCAUCGUUUUCGCUAGAUUUUAAGGAUUCUGAUACACCAUCGCCAGCUCCAGUGAAAACGCCAUCGCCUAUGAGAGCAGUACGAAAAAGAGGAAGAGAAAUUCCUAUUCAAAAACAACAAGAACCCGACAACGGUCCAGAAAAGCGGAUGAAGCUGAAAGGUCGUCGGCAAGUCGAUACGGCGCUAAGAAAAAGUGUCGAACAACGCAUCGAACAGCUUCAAGCAAGCAGUAGCGAGAGCAAAGAUAGCGACGAUGAACCGCCCGCGCCAAAACCGACGCGGCGCAAACAAAAGAAAAAGUCUAGCACACCAAAGAAACCGAUUAAUAGGAACCCGGAAAAGAAAAAUAGCAGAAUACUUGCCUGUUUGGAUAAAGUCGAGGACUCUCCAAGCGAGGGGGGCUUAGGUUUGAGGCAGUCCCGUAGGAUAGCGCAGAUGAAGAUCAAAGAACAGGUCCAGCCUCAGCCUAGAGAAGAGCGCACCAAGAAACCGAAAGAAGUUGAAAGCACUAAAAGUAAAAAACCAGUUAAACCCGUCGUUGAAGUUGAAGAAGUUGUUGAAGCGAAGAAAAAAAGGAAGAAGGACAAACCGGUGAGCAGGAUAUUUAAUGAAAACCGUCCUUGGCAAUCGAGCUCCGACGAUAGCGACGAAGUGAUCGAGGAGGAUGAAGAAUCUCCAAUUGAGGAAGAAGAAGAGGCAGUGAGGCUGGAAGACUUGAAAUCUGAUCACGAGUUUUCUCCAGAAAGCGAUUUGGAAGAUGCCGACGAUUCUCAGCCUUUGAAACGAGCAAGAACAGCCAAAAAAGAUUCCGACCAAGAAGAAACCGUCGACGAUUUUCCUUGUCAAAAGUGCGGCAAAUUCGACCAUCCCGAAUGGAUCUUGCUCUGCGACAAAUGCGACAACGGCUGGCAUUGUUCCUGUUUGCGACCGCCCCUCCUAGUUAUCCCCGAAGGCGAUUGGUUUUGCCCUCCGUGUCAGCAUAUAUGUUUGCUGGACAAGUUACAGGCGAAACUCGCCGAGCACGACAGAUUGUUGAGCAAAAAAAUCAUCGAAGACCGGCGAAAGGAACGAUUGGCCUACGUCGGAAUCAGCCUGAAUAACGUCUUGCCCGCGAAAGAACCCUCUGAGCACCGUAAAAAGAAGAGACGACAUUCUGCCGAAGAAGAUUCUGAUUCAUCCAAGGGCGAGUCGAAUUCCGAUUAUGACUCGGAUUCAGACAGCGACGACAGCGACGAACCUAUAUAUCAGCUGAGACAACGCAGGCAAGCUAAGAGCUACAAAUUUAACGAGUACGACGAGAUGAUGAAGACAGCAAUUGGCGAGGAACUGGACAAACCGGAGGACACGGCCGGUAAUUUGGGUAGAGGCAAGGAUAUACAAACCAUCGUCAAAGGCCUGGAACCCGAACCCAAAGCGCGGGAGAACGAGGGCAGAGCCAACAUCACCAACCUAAGAAAAAUGCUGAGAAAGAAACAACGCAAACUAAACAGCCUGGACUUUGACAGCGAGGAAGAAGACAUAUCCGACGAAGAUUUCAAGGGAUCUAGUUCCGAAUCGGAGGAAGAAGAGGACGAGGAUGAAUCGGGUGGGUCUGAAGACAGCGACGAUUACGUCGGGAAAAAACGAAGAAAGAAUUUACCGACACGCAGAUCGACUAGAGCCAGGACGAAGAGAUACGACGAAGAUUUCAUCAACGACAAUUCGGACGACGACGCGCCAAAAAGAAAAAAGAAGAAAUCUAUUUGGGAUGAAUCAGACACGGAGGAAUCCGAUGCCUCUGGAUGGGGUAGGAGUAGAAAGGGAAAGAAAAAGAAGAGUUCUGGAAAAGAUAAAAAGAAAAGCAGAAGAAUAAAGUACGGAGGAUUGACGUCCAGCGAAGAGGAACUAGGUAGAGGUCGUCGAACCAGAGGGAAACGAGCGACUUACGUGGAUACUUUGGGCUCGGAUAGCGAAGAGGAGGAGGUGACCAAGAAGCACCCGAGAAGGAUAGAUAGUGACGACGACGAAGAUUUCGUCGCGAACGAAGAAGAGGAUGAAGUGGAGGAUGAGGAUAAGGGUAGCGAGGAAAAUGAGGAUAAUGAGGAGGAGGCGGAGGAGGAUGAAGAUUCGGAGAGGGAAAGGCGCGAGAAACGGUCGCUUUUGGUUCCGAAAAUUUAUAUUAAGAAGCCGUUGGGCGUUCUUAAAGCCAAGGAGCCCGAGGUGAAAGGUGUAGCUAACGAUAAGGCGGCGAGCAUCCCCACUAAACCGGUGAAGCCGAAAUUGGAAGAGAACGACAAUCCUGUCGUCUAUAUCGAGAAGGUUAACUUGAAGGCAGCUGAAUCUAAGCAAAAAAUUAACAUAGUAAUCGACGAAGACUCCUCCUCGACGGUAGAGAAAGAUAUUACUCCUGUCACUCCCACGAAACCUGUCAAAGACAACGUGGAAAAACCAGCCGUCGAACUCAUCUCCUUGAGCGACAAUAAAGCGACAUCUAUUCCAGUGGUUUUGGGUAAGAGAGGUAGAGAUCUUAAAGAGCCUCUGGAAAAGCACGAACCGAUCGUCAGUAACGUCAGUGCCUUAAUCAAAAAUGCUGACGAGAACGACGACUUGUCAGAACCUCCGGGAAUAUCCCUACCCUUUUUCGACGACAUGUCGACCAGCGGUUCUAGCAAGGGAAAAGACGGCUCCGAGGAAGAGGUUCCAAAGAAAAGACGAGGGUCUGUGCAAAUUAAAACUGGCGAGGUUACGAUCACUGUCGCCAAAAAGCAACCCGUUAAAGCAACCAUGUCGGAUUCUCCGAAGAUUGAGAUAGCUGCGCCACCGCAACCAUUUUCUCAAGCUCAGCCAACUCCGUCAAUUAUUACGAGGAUGUUACAGUCGAAACCAGGACAGGCUACGGUGUAUCCAGUGGGUAGCAUUCGGCCUAAACAGUUCGCAACUAUGCGUGACGACGAUUCUUCUGACGAAAGCCCCAAAAACUCACGUGAUUCUUCACCAGCUAGGACAGCCCCAAUGAAUACGUCACAUGUUCCAUACAAUAUGCAAGGAGGCCUAAGGGGACCAAUGAGCGGUUCUUACCGCCCUCAAGCACCUCAUCAUAUUGGAGUUAACCAUUAUCCCAGAGGCCUACCUCCACGUGGCCCUCCUAACACUCAUAUUCCUCGCAAUACCCAUGCCGCACCUCCUCACAUAUCUCAUUCCCCCUCCCACAGCAGAUUACCUCUAUCUCACGGUCCACGGACCCUACACGGACCUCCAAAUCGUCAUGUAUUACCUCCUCAGUCUGGUGGACCACCACAAUCUCAAUCUCCACACGGAUUGCCACCUCAAACCCGCGCUCCGCCUCCUCAGUCACGUGUCCCGCCGCCGCAAUCACGUGCGCCGCCUGCGCAAACACGUGCUCCUCCUUCACAAACGCAUGCUCCGCCUUCCCAGACACAUGCUCCACCUCCCCAAACACACGCAUCUCCUCCUACUCAUGCUCAUCCUUCUGCUAAUUCUUAUCAGCAUCACAGAGCAAUGGAUCCGUCCCCUUCUGGUGGUGGGCCUAUUAAUUUGGCCGAUCCUGAACCUGCAGGACCUCCUCCCGUUAGGUAUCCUCCUGUUACACAACCUCCUCCCGGUAUGGCGCGUCCGCCUAUCCAUAUGCCUCCCCAUCAAGCACCUUACCCCCCACCCCCCUCGAAUAGUAGCUCUAGUGAAGAACAGUCUUUGACUCAGCCUCCUCCUGCUGAAGGUUAUUAUGGGAAUUACCCUCCAGCACCGCCGCCGACAGAAGAUGCUUUGCCACCCGCCCCCUAUGAAGGAAUUCCACCGGAAGGCGAUUCGACUUAUCCGAAUCAAUACGGUGGAGAGGAACCGCCAACGGAGAAUCCCCCUUCGGACAAUAGCAAUAGCAAGCCGUAUGACGACGAAUCGGGUGGCGAGUUUGCGGGGCUAGCUUCGUACUUUUCCAGUCAGAGGGAGGACGAUCUGGACUCAUAGUGGAGGACAACGCCACGCUCCGAAAUUAUCAACCAGGUUCCUUAAAAGAAGAAACUACUACUACCCAUCUCUAAUGACUUUACCGAUGAGCUAGUUAAUAUAAUCUUUUUAUUGGGUGAAAUAUUUAUCUAUAUUAAUUUAUUAUUUCUUAAAUAUGUAGGAGAGUAUUAAUUAUUAAUCAGAAAAGAGAAAAUGUACAGUAAUCUUACGACAUACCUAAUACUUUUUUAAAUAUGAAUUUUUGUACAUAAAAUUGUAUAUAUUAUAUGAUUUUUUUAAGUUAAUAGCAGGUAAUAAAUGUAUUAUUAUAACCAAAUAUACACUGUAUAUUAUAUUAUACAAAAACAUUUUUACAAACUACUUGAACCAAGUUCAAAUUAAAUACUUGCAAGGGAUUGAGGAAACAAUCUUUAUAUUAUUUUUUCGCUAUUGAGAAUAAAUUUGCUUGUAUGUAUAUUUUUUACAGGAAAAUGAAUUGUUUAUGAUUUUAUUUUCAGGGUGAACGUUUGUAGAAAUGUAAAAAUUUUUAGAAUAAAUAAACAUCACUGUUGUGAUAC